AUGCCGUCGACGUGGACGCUGAUGAACCUGCUGAUGCUGGGCUGCUGCUGGGCCGCCAUCUGGUUCGGCCUGAACCGCUACGAGGAGGCGACGCGCGUCCUGCUCGCCAUGCAGGCCGAGGGCCUGGCCGCCUCGCAGCGCGUCGAGCGCUUCUUCUACUACGAGUACGGCGGCGUCCGCCUCGUGGCCUGCGUCGUCUUCAUGAUGUGGCUGCGAACCUUCCAGUACCACCGCGUCACUACCCAGGUGUUGGAGACCUUACAACGCUCGCGUUUCGACCUGGUGAGCUACUUCUUCAUGUACGUGGUGCUGCACUGCGCCUUCGCCCAGGCCGGUUACUAUCUUUUCGGCGACCAGAGCUCGGCCUUCAAGACGUUCUCGGAGAGCUUGCUCGCCGUCCUCGCCAUCGCGCUCGGCGAGAUGGGCUCGGACGUGUUCAUCCGCGCGCACUGGGUGGUGGGGCCGCUCUUCUUCAUCCUGCUCAUUUUCGUCAUCAUCUUCGUCUUCCACAACAUGUUCUUCGUCAUCCUGUCGUACAACUACGACUCGGUGCGCGAGGAGCGCAGCCAGCUGGACCGCGGCCUCAACUUCAUGUCCUUCAUGAAGAACGGCUUCCGCAACUUCUGCAAGAUGCGCGGGCUGCGUCUGCCGCCCCACGACCCGCUCGUCGACAUGGAGCGCCGGCUGAUGCGCUGCGGCUUCAGCCCGGGCUCGCUGCAGGCCUUCCGGGCGUUCCUCAAGCCGCGCCAGCAGCAGCAGGAGGCCAAGGGCCGCGGCGUCGGCCUCGAGCUGCAGCCCAACAUGGCGAGCCUGGCGGACCUGAACGCCGUCGAGGACGAGAUCGCCCUGAUGGAGCGGGAGCUGCUGCAGGCCAAGAGCGAGAUCAGCAGCCUGGUCAGCUCGCUCUCGGGUGACUUUGCCGGCAUGGAGAGCUGA